ACGAAACGCAAGCGCAAAACGCACGCGAGUGACGCGAGCGUGCGUUGUUAUGGUUUGCAACACCACGCAAACCGACUUCUCUCUCUCUCUCUUUCUCUCUCUCCUUCUCUCUCCCUCCCUCGUCAAGUUUUACGAUCGAAUCGGGUCGUGCGAGACGAGAACGGGCGACCGUGGCCCGUCCACUUUGUCCCACAUAGCUGCACGAUUCGUCCUUGUGUCCUUCUGCUGCCCUAUUAUUGUCAUCUCUAUUGUCCGUCCGAACGUGAUACUUUAUGACGAACGAAAACGAAUACGAACGCUUCUUUCCCCUUUUCUUUUAUCAUCAUACGUAUGAUGUAACACAGUAUGCACUUUUCUCAAUCGGUAUCGAUAAUACAAUCUCAAGUCGGAGUUAUAAGGGGAGUGCAAGUACUUUAUAGCGACACUAAUCCGUUAGACGUAGAUCUAGUAAUAAAUUUACCUCACGACGGCAUUCGGCUUAUAUUCGAUCCUGUUGUACAAAGGCUUAAGAUAAUUGAGAUAUAUAACAUGAAGUUAGUAAAAUUGAAAUAUUGCGGCUUGCCAUUCAAUUCGCCGGAAGUGUUACCUUCAAUCGAGCAGAUAGAGCAUUCGUUUGGCGCGACUCAUCCUGGGGUUUACGAUAGCGAGAAGCAGGUGUUUGUAUUGAAUUUUCGAGGACUGUCGUUUUACUUUCCAAUCGACUCGAAAUUUCAACCUGGUUAUGCCCACGGAUUAGGCUCGUUACAGUUUCCCAACGGGACUUCUCCUCUGGUCGCAAAAACAGCGAUUUACGUUGGAAAUAUGCCAGCCGGAGGUAGCGGCGAAGAACACGGUUCCAAAACUCCGCCGCCACCUUUGCCACUUGCCUGUUACCAUAAUAACUUGUACUUGGAGAAAGCUGAUAUCAUUCGAGACAAAACACGUACUCGAGGGCUCAGAUUACACCUUUUUACGGAAGGUAGUUCUGGAACGAGAGCAUUGCUGGAGCCGAAAAAGCGAUGUCUGACCAAAGAGGUGUUGUUCGGUGAUACUUGCGAGGACGUUUUAAGCGCGAUUGGUGCCCCGUCUAGAGUGUUCUACAAAGCGGAGGAUAAGAUGCGUAUCCAUAGUCCACACGCGCACAAACGGGACAAGACAAGGCGGUCAGACUUUUUCUAUAAUUAUUUUACUUUAGGCUUGGAUGUCUUGUUCAACGCUAAAACUCAAUGUAUAAAAAAGUUUGUACUUCACACGAAUUAUCCGGGACACUAUAACUUUAACAUGUAUCACCGUUGUGAAUUUUCUCUGACUCUGCCUCCUGAAAAUAAUUCCACGGAAUCGGGAAAGCUGAUCGACGUUUCCCCCUCUCCUGUUACAAUCACUGCCUACACAAAAUGGGACAGAGUGAGCGAACAAUUGAAGGCGAGCGCGCGACCUGUGGUUUUGAAUCGCGCGUCUUCGACAAACACAACCAACCCGUUCGGCUGUACGUUUUGCUACGGCAUACGAGACGCGAUUGUCGAAGUCAUGGCGAAUCAACAUAUCGCAAGUGUAACUUUAUAUAAAACUGCGUGACGUCGAUAAUUCACACGAUGUAAGGCAUUACGUAGCGUGAUUCAUGACGAACAGUUGAGGAUGAGAAAUUACUUUAGCUAAACUUUCAAGGUCUUAAGUUUGCCAGUUUUUAAACGAGAUAUAUGUGACGAGAACGAUGCGUAGAGCGCUCUGGAAAGCUUUUUUUAACGUAUAACCGAUUAUUUUAGGGUACAAGAAUGAUAAAUAAGUGUUACAUAAUGCGUGAAUAUUAAGACGACUAAACGAUGACCGUAUAGGAUGUGUAUAAAGUUCAAGAACAAAAAUAUGGAAAGUAAAAAAAAAAAUGAUAUAUCACUUCGAGAUAUAUGCGAUCACUCACGUAAAACUGGUCAUUUCUCUUCUCAAGCCUCGUCUCGCAGCUAUGGAUACUUGGAUCAAUUUAGAGUCUAUCUUAACAAAGGUUUCGGUAGUUGUCUUUUUUGUUUUGUGACGUCUUAAUUUCUAAUCUUCACGCAACGUUAGAACUAGCUGGAAGAUACACAGCUAUCACUAUAACGCGACAAAAACUAUUGUAUUGUCAAGCAUACUACUUUUUUUCUACAUGUAGAGUUAAAAAAGCAUAAUUUUACCAUAUUACAUAAGUUAACAUAUCUGUACAAAUAAUCGUAAGUUUAUGUAAGUUCGAUAAUUCUAAGAAAUACGCGAAGAUAAUACUGGAACUUUAUAGUAGGCUCUCUGAAAAUUUUCGACAAGACAUUAUAGUGGCUCUUCGUAAUGAACGUGAAAACCACUAUAGUGACUGCUAGUAGCAAAGAUAAAAUAUAUCUAAACGUAAAAUUAAAAUUCUUAUCGUAAUUAAAUAAAGAUAAAAUUUUUAUUUAGUUUU